AUGGUACCCCCACCUCCCACCAACAAGCCCCACGUGUGCCUGUCCACCAUCCUGAUCAUGAGCAGUAUGGCGCUGAUUGAUGCCUACCUGGUGGAACAGAACCACGGACCACGCAAGAUCGGCAUUUGCAUCAUGGUGAUGGUGGGAGACAUCUGCUUUCUCAUCGUCUUGCGUUACGUAGCGGUGUGGGUGGGCGCUGAGGUGCGCACGGCUAAGCGAGGCUACGCCAUGAUCCUCUGGUUCCUUUACAUCUUCGUUCUGGAGAUCAAGGUCUACUUUGUGUAUCAAAACUACAAGGCGGACCGGAAGAGCUUGGACGCUCUCGCAAGGAAGGCGCUCACGUUGCUGCUCUCCAUCUGCAUUCCAGUGCUGUUUGUGGUGCUGGUCGCUAUCGACCAUAUGGAGUACGUCCGCGCCUUCAAGAAGCGCGAGGAGAUCCGUAACCGUCUCUUCUGGGUGGUGGUGGACUUGCUGGACAUAUUGGACAUCCAAGCCAACUUGUGGGAGCCUCAAAAGAAGGGGCUCCCUCUGUGGGCGGAAGGCCUGAUGUUCUUCUACUGCUACAUUCUUCUGCUGGUGCUGCCCUGCGUGUCCUUGAGCGAGAUCAGCAUGCAGGGCAUCAACAUCGUGCCCCACAAGAUGCUGCUGUACCCCAUCCUCAGCCUGGUGACCAUCAACAUCAUCACGCUCUUCAUCCGCGGCGGGAACAUGAUUCUGUACAGGGACGCCAGGGUAUCCGGGAUCCUGAUAGGAAAGAACGUCCUGGCCAUCAUCCUAAAGACCUGCAGCUUUGUGCAGUACAGGAGACAGUUGCAGAACGCUCCUCCUGCCUUCGGGGUUGAGAUGCAGAAAAACUCGGUGGCCCACGCUCGCCCUGCCCCCACCCCACCUCAAGUGGUCAUGCAGGACCAGACGCCCCUCCCCGAGGUGACGACGUGCGAGCACACAUGA